AUGGGGCACGGGAACUCGAACAAGCUGUAUGUGACCCAUGCCGAGCACUCGGGCAUGUUUGGGCAGCAUACGGCGUCCUCGGGUGGUCACAGAGCGAAAGAGCAAGCGACACAGCGCCAUGCACAGACCCCAUUUGACUGCUGCGACCUGACUUUCCAGCAGUUCAACAACCCCGUAUGCGCGCGCAACUCCGAUGGCACCGGGAAUGUGUUCGAGCUAGUCAGUAUUAUCCCCUGGCUCAAGCAACACGGCAACACGAACCCUGUGACUCAGGAACCUCUACAGCCGUCCGACCUCAUAACCCUCCACUAUGCGCGCAAAUCCUCUGGGGAAAUACACGACCCCAUCUCCUUCAAGCCGUUCAGCGACCACUCGCACAUCGUUGCAAUUGCCACCACUGGAAACGUAUUUCUUGCGGAGAGCGUGAAAGGUGGACGGGAUCUCGUUGCAGACGUGAAGUUCAAGAAGGAGGAUGUGAUAACUCUGCAGAACCCGCAUGGUUUUCCCACUGCGUCUGUAAACACUAAGCCGGUUCAAACCGCUCAGGCUGCCAAGGAUAAGGCGGCAGAGAAGAGCGACAAGAGCAAGGCCGUUGCGGUGAAGCCAGCUGCUGCACCCGCGGUCGCAAAAGCGAAGGCCGCAGUACCCUGGAAUGCGUCUCCGUACUCUACGGGUCUUCCUGGCGCGUCUCUCACAUCUACGUCUGUCGAUCCUCAAACGCAAAGCUCUCAACUCCUUUGGGAUGAGGAGGAGCUUAUGUUCGAUGAAUUUGCGAACCCUCCCAAAGGCAAAGGGAAGGAGAAAGACGUCGGAAAGCGACGAGCGUACGUACGUGUCAUCACGAACUUGGGCGGCGGUGCUCUCAACCUCGAGCUGUACUGCGAGAAGGCACCAAAAACAUGUUACAACUUCCUACAAUUGGCGAAGGCGGGGAAGUACAACGACUGCCUGUUUCACCGUCUCGUACCCGGGUUCAUGAUUCAAACUGGAGACCCAACAGGUACAGGGUCGGGUGGCCAGUCAUGUUGGGGUACACCAUUCCGGGACGAGUACGAUCUGCGAAAUGCCGCAAAGCAUGACAGCCGAGGCGUCAUCGCGAUGGCCAAUAAGGGCCCCUCCACGAACGGCUCGCAGUUCUACAUUGCGUUCCGUCCCGCCGCACAUCUUGACAAGAAGCACACCGUCUUCGGGAAAUUGGUUGGCGGCGAAGACGUACUGGAUGCACUGGAGUCGCUUCCUGUUAAACCAGGCACAGAGCGGCCCGCUAAGCAAGUCAAGAUAACGGAAGUUGUCAUUUAUCAGGAUCCAUUCGAGGAGUACAAGCAACGCGAGCAGCGGAAGCGCGAACGCAAAGCGGAGACACACGAGACGCGCACUAAGGAGGCGGAAGAGAAGGCGAAAGACGACGUCAACUGGUUCGGCGUCAAGGUCGGCCAACAGAAUGCGAACGCGGCUGUAGGCGGCGGCGUUGGGAAGUACCUCAACCUGAAUGCCAAUGCCAAACGGCCUCUGGAGGCGCCUACAAGAACGAUGCCUGUCAGCGCGCCGCCAGAAGAGGGCAAGAAAAAGCGUCGCAUUGGGUUUGGCGACUUCGAGGGCUGGUAGAGGAUGCCAUAGUAUAUCCCGUCUGUAGAGUAGUGUACAUGAUAAGUUACCGUCCAUCCUAUAUUCUAGAUCAUGCAGCGACCGGGACGCGCUCCGUCUCUUUGGAUUGAGACUCUGGCUCGGAGGCCUUCGCAGGAAUUUCUGGCUCCUCUGUCGGAACAGAUGGCAAGUCGAUAGGACGCUCGUCGGAUACUUCAAGCGUCUGGAGCUGGAGUUGCUGCAGUUCUGCUUGUACGGCUUCCUCGUCCUCGAGGCUGAGUGAACCGGCAAGCAUCUCGUCGAUUUCUCGUUGAUACUCCCUGGCCUCUGCGGUCUCUUCCAUGAUCCGCUCGACGUUCUCAAUAUUAAGCUCUUUGUGGAUCUCCUUGAGCACCUCGUUGCCCUGUUGCAGUCCGUGCAGCACAGACACCUCCACCAAAGAGAACUCGAUGGUCGAGACCAGCUUCUCCAGAUUCUCGAGCUGCGCGUCGGUCUUCACAAGCAGACUUUCCUGGUAUUUCCGCUUGCGCAAUGCUAUGAGAGCGCGGUCCUUCCGGCCUGCCGCUAAUUGCUGCUUGGCAAUUUCAUGCUCGCGGUCGAGGACGGCUUGGAUCUUCUUCUGGUAUUGUCUGACUUUAUCUCGCUGGAGUUUCAAGUCUAGGAUCGCGCGGUCCUGCUUCGUGAUCUUCGGAACGGACUGGCCUGCUCCCAUGGAAUCCUCGAGUACUACUGGAGUGUACUACUGGUCGUUGGUCGCGAAGUCACAGCUCACUUUGUAAAAGGAAGAGGGCGGUAGGAUACACGAGCCGGACGAAAGC